AUGACGGUCGAUUCCGAUACCGGUGCUUUGGCGGAACCAUUAGCGCAAGAAAAAGUGAGAUGCUAUUUCGACGUGACGCUUGGUGGUUUGCCGGCUGGCCGUAUUGUGUUCGAAUUGUUUCCUACAGUGGCACCGAAAACCUGCGAGAACUUCCGCGCAUUGUGCACUGGUGAAGCUGGUAUCGGGCAAAAGACUGGAAAAGCUUUAUACUACAAGGGUAUAAUAUUUCAUCGUGUAGUGAAGGAUUUUAUGAUCCAGUCCGGAGACUUCUCGAACGGCAAUGGAACCGGAGGCGAAUCGAUUUACGGUGGCACUUUCGAUGAUGAAGCAUUUACCCUGAAACAUGAUCGAGCUUUCUUGCUCUCUAUGGCCAAUCGUGGCAAAAACACAAAUGGCUCCCAAUUUUUCAUUACAACGCAACCUGCACCACAUCUUGACAAUGUACACGUUGUAUUUGGUCAUGUUGUAUCCGGCCAGGAUUUAGUACGACAGCUCGAACAGCUACCGGUCGAUCGUAACUCUCGUCCGCUGCAAGAUGCAAUGGUUUCUAACUGUGGUGAACUGGUGCGGCAGAUGAAAGUAAAAAAGGAAAAGAAGAAUAAGAAAGCUGUCGCAUCUAGCGAUGAUUCUGAAGAUGAGACGAGCAGGAAGCGUAAGAAGGAUAAAAAGAAGAAACGCGGAAAGGAAUCGUCCCCGCGCACGAAACGUGCCCCUGAGGUUGAUGCAUCCAUCGAGGAAGGAGAACUGGAAGAUGAAAUUCACCCUAUGGCAACGGUGACGAAAAUCGAUCCAGACGAAAUUCCGGAGGUUUCAAACAAGUACCUAAUGCGCAACGAUGCAACCAAGCGUGCCAGUGUGCCAGAGGACGACCGCAAGCGUGACAAUCGUGCAAAGGAGCAGAGAGGGUUUGGUUGGAUGAAGAAGAACGUACCAAUGUCGCGCAGUGGACGCAUUAUCAAGGGUCGAGGACACUUUCGAUAUCGUACGCCUUCGCGCUCACGUAGCCGGUCCAGAAGUCAAACACCGGUUCAUUGGCGGGCCGCUCAGAAACGCACGAUCAAGAUGACCGAUCUGGAAAAGCUGGAAGAUGAAAAGCGGCAGCGCGAAUCAGAGAUCAAGCGUCGGGAAACGGAGCGCAAGAAGCGUCACGAAGAACUUGCGAAAGGUGUUUCGAAGAAAUCGUUCUUCGAGCUCAAUCAAGAGCAGUCCGUUGCGCGUGAAAAGUCAACUAGCGAAUCGCCCGACACUGCUGCGGUGGGCACCAAGCGUGCAACCGAUCCACCGAUCAAGGGACAGGAAGAACAGUUAAGGGGUAAAUCUAACGGAUCGAUCGAUAUGAAUGCUUUGGAUUACGAGCAUCAUCCGGCUGGGACGUCGGACACAGAGCCGGACGAGGCAACGCACAAGAAAAGUGACACACUUGCCAAAGCUCUCGGUGUGGAACCGAAAAAGAAAUCCGACGAUUCGGUGAAAACGGACGAACGGCGCAAACCGGCGGACGAUCGAAAGCGCGAUCGUUCCCGAAGUCGUUCGCGUGAUCGCCGUCGAGGUGGUGGUGAUGGUUAUCGAGGUCGUUCACCUCCUGGACAUCAUCGUGGGGGAGGUGGUGGUGGUGGUGGUGGAAACCGUAACCGGCAACCUUUUGGGUUUUCGGCCGCUCCACAUUACAAUCGUUACAACCAACAGCAGCAUGCUUCAAACCGGCGCUAUGGUGGUGGGAACAACGUUGGAGGAUCGUACUACUCGCGACCUCGCGGACGUUUCGGUGGCAAUAACGAGCGAUACGAUCGUGAUCGUUCACGCCGGUCACGCAGUCACGAGGGUGGUUUUUCGCGACGCUCACGCCGGGAGCGUUCCGCUAGCCAUUCGCGGUCCAGAACACCGGAACAUAGGCGACGUCGUAAGGAUAACAGCUCCACUGGUAGUUCCCAGGAACGGGAUCAGCGCUCAAGGCGUAACCGAUCCGUCACUCCGACCGAUCGUCGGUCAGCGUCCCGUCCGGUGAUGAACGAAAAGACUAUCCGGGAAAAAGCCUCCAACGGUAAAGAGUUAGAUAAGUUCCGGGAUAAGAGUCCCGGUUCGGUUGCAACAGCGAUCGUUGUCGCUGCUACAGCAGCCGUCGAAGCAGCAAAGAUACCUACCGUAUCCAUCAAGAGUGAGGAACUGUCCGAAGAGGAAAAGGCACGCAUGCAAAAAGAAAAGAUGCUUAAGCGGGCCGAAACCCUGUUGCUGCUAAAGAGUCACAUGGAAAAGGAAAUAGAAGAACAGCAACGUAAGGCACGGGAAAAACAGCAACAGCAGCUGCUACUGCGCAAACAAAAAGAGGAACAAGAUGCCCGGGCCCUCGAUGCGGUAAUGGAUUUGGCGCAGCUGAAGCAGCUAAAGAAGGAAACAAUCCAAAAGCUGAACGCACAAGAGGCGGCACAACGGAUAUUGCAAACGGUGGUCACUAAUGUGAGUGCCGUUGCCGGUGGUUCUAGCGGCACCAGCCAGAAGAAAAAGUCCAAAAGCAGCAGCAGUAAACGGCGCUCGUCACGUAGCUCUGCAUCAUCCUCCUCCUCGUCGGCUGCUUCCAGAAAGGAGAAGAGCCGCAAGAAGCGUAAGGAUAAGAAGCGUAAAGCACGCCGCCAUUCAUCCAGCAGCUCUUCUUAG